UGAGUGCCAGGCGGAGUUGAUGAGUUUGAGGGUGAGGAGCAUUUACUCUCCGGCCGCGGACUGGGGACUGAGUUGAACACAUAUUCGGUUGCUACAGCGCUGUCUCCUCUGCAUCCGCACAAUAGGAUCUCUCUUAUCCAGGUCGGAUAACCGUCAGUCCUGAGAGAUCACUCGAACGUCAAACUCGACGAGUCCUGUGAUCAAAGAUAGGCAUAUCAAUCGGAGACUAUCAUAAUCGGGACUGCCCUCUGAACCUACCAUGGACCUUUCUGAGAGGAAAAAUACUGACCUUGACGCUUCAGCCGGUAACCUGGAACCUCGUCACCUUGGCCCCGUCUUUGAAGAAAAGCCGGAUCAUGACUUUCACUACAAAACUUUGAGUUGGCAGUUUGUGGCUCUACUUAUGAUUGCGGAGAUCGUCAGCAACGGCAUGCUUUCCCUGCCGUCUGCGCUUGCUGUUGUUGGGAUUGUACCCGCCGUCAUUCUGAUUCUGUUCUUCGGUGUCUUUGCCCUGUAUACUGCAAAACUUUUGAUCGACUUCAAGUUGAAUCAUCCGGAGGUCCAUAACAUGGGGGAUGCCGGAUACAUUCUGGGUGGUGUUGUGCCUCGGGAAAUCUUAUCUGCUGGGACGAUCAUCUUUGCAAUUUGUGGAACUGGUUCCGAGCUGUUAUCCGGCCAACAAGCGCUCUCUACUCUGACCAACAAUGGCUUGUGUGCUGAGUUUCUGGGAAUUACGGCCUUCCCUAAGUAGCCCAAAGGGGAAAUGUCCGGCAUCCCCGCCGAAGUGAUGGCAAUGAUCUAUCUGAUGUCUUAGAUAUUCCUUGUGCAUUUAGAUAUUCC